AGAAGCGCAACCAUGAAGUUUCUAAUACUCAUCGUCGGCUUUGUCGCGGCCGCUAAUGCGAUAUCCAUCUUUGAUCUCGUGAAGGAAGAGUGGACCGCAUUCAAGCUGCAACAUCGUAAGAAGUACGAAAGCGAAACGGAGGAACGUAUCCGCAUGAAGAUCUACGUACAGAACAAGCACAAAAUUGCCAAGCACAAUCAACGCUACGAUCUUGGCCAGGAGAAGUUCCGUCUGCGCGUAAACAAGUACGCUGAUCUGCUGCACGAAGAGUUUGUCCACACCCUGAACGGUUUCAACCGCUCCGCCGGAAAUGGACCUCUGCUGCGUGGUGAUCUGAAACCGAUUGAAGAGGCAGUUUCCUGGAUUGAACCGGCCAACGUUGAGGUACCGAAGACUAUUGACUGGCGCAACAAAGGUGCCGUCACCGCGGUUAAAGAUCAAGGACACUGCGGCUCGUGCUGGUCUUUCUCUGCGACUGGCGCACUCGAGGGACAACAUUUCCGUAAGACGGGCAAACUGGUGUCCCUGUCCGAGCAGAACCUUGUCGACUGCUCGCAGAAGUACGGCAACAAUGGUUGCAACGGUGGCAUGAUGGACUUUGCGUUCCAGUACAUCAAAGACAACAAGGGUAUCGAUACGGAGAAGUCGUACCCGUACGAAGCAAUCGAUGAUACCUGCCAUUACAACCCGAAAGCCGUCGGCGCUACGGACAAGGGCUUCGUCGACAUUCCGCAGGGUGAUGAAAAGGCGCUGAUGAAGGCACUUGCUACCGUAGGCCCAGUAUCGGUCGCCAUCGAUGCAUCGCACGAAUCGUUCCAGUUCUACUCGGAGGGUGUGUAUUACGAGCCGCAGUGUGACUCGGAACAGCUAGAUCACGGUGUGCUAGCUGUCGGCUACGGUACGUCCGAGGAGGGCGAAGAUUACUGGCUGGUAAAGAACUCGUGGGGUACCACCUGGGGAGACCAGGGAUACGUUAAGAUGGCACGUAACCGAGACAAUCACUGCGGUAUUGCUACCACUGCCAGCUACCCGCUGGUGUAAGUAGGGAAAAGAAA